AUGACCGCGACCUCAUCUUCGUCUUCGCCCGCCAUGCCCAAUCCUUCCGCGCUCAGUUCUCUCAUCGCCGCCUCAGCCUCUCCCAAUCCGCUCUCCGCCAGCACCAUCCAAAUUCUCCACAAUCUCCAACACCAGCAUCUAUGGACGUCGCUGAAAGCGCACGACAUCCCCAUCCCCUCCUCGACGCCUUCCACGGCUGAUGAGGCCUCCUCGACCUUGUUCCUGAUCUCCGGAAUUCCUCCGCACCACGUCUACAUCCACCCCGACGAGCAGCUAUACAUGCUGCAGAAGGGCCUGCGCGAAGACGACGUCGAGCUGGAGCGCAUGUUUGUGCUCCCCACCGUGCACGGCCAAUCGUGGACUCUGCGCAAGCUCGCCGCGGUGUUUGACUCCCUCCCCGACACGGCCGAAGAGGAGGCGCUGGGGUCGUCGGUGGACGAUGGCGAGGAGCGUGCCGGUUCCGAGGACGGGGAGAAGGCCGCAAAACUGGCCGCGUAUUAUGAAUAUAGACAGAAGGCUCGCCAGACCGGGGAGUGGGGGACCAAGCGGCUACUUCUGGCCAUGGUGGAUAGGAGCAUGGGCGGCGACGGCACGGUGGUUUACUAUGUCGUCCAUGAGGGCGCCGUCAAGCCCCGGCAGAACUAG